UAUGGCCCCCGUCGCUCUCUCGUCCUCCAUGUCUCGCACCGUACCAUCUACCAACGGCGUCCACAAGCCCACCACUGUCUGGAAGCCGACCCAAGUCACCAACGGGCCAAAGCGCAGCUCUUUUGCAUUCGACUCGAUGGACGACGCUCUUGCCGCCUUCCGGGCUGGCGAGUUUCUAGUGGUCAUGGACGACGAGAACCGUGAGAACGAAGGAGACCUCAUCAUAUCUGCGACGCAGUGCACGACGGAGAAAAUGGCUUGGAUGAUCAAGCAUACCAGCGGGUACAUCUGCAUAUCCCUUCCUCAAGACCGGCUUGAGAGUCUCGAGAUACCGAUGAUGGUGCCAGACAACCAGGACCGCCACCGGACGGCCUACACCGUCACCGUGGACUACAAGCACGGUACAAGCACCGGAAUCUCCGCUCACGACCGCGCACUUACCGCACGAGCCCUUGCCUCUCCCACCUCUCUUCCCAGCGACUUCACUCGUCCAGGACACAUGGUACCCUUACGUGCACGAGAAGGCGGCGUUCUCACCCGCAAGGGGCACACGGAGAGUGCCAUCGACCUCUGUCUCCUGACAGGCCAACCCCUUGCGGGUGUGCUCUGCGAGAUCGUUAACGACGACGCCCAGGGCACGAUGGCACGGCGCGACGACUGUCGAGCGUUCGCGGAUCGCUGGAGUGUUAAAAUGAUCAGCGUCGAGAUGCUGGCUGAGUGUAAAAGACAGUAUCUGGCGUCGCAGCCAUG